AAAACAACGAUUUUGUUUUGUGCGGGUUGAGAAUGUGUAUGAAGCAUGGCUGCAGGAAGGGGACAAGCUUCAGUUGUUGAAACAGAGGAACAACAAAGACUUCGUUUCCAGUGUGAGCUAGAAUUUGUGCAGUGCCUGUCCAAUCCCAAUUAUUUGAAUUUUCUUGCCCAGAGGGGUUACUUUAAAGAUUCCAAGUUUGUGAAUUACCUGAAAUACCUCUUGUACUGGAAGGAGCCUGAUUAUGCUAAGUACUUAAAGUAUCCACAGUGUUUACAUUUCCUUGAGCUACUUCAGUAUGAACAUUUCCGCAAAGAACUGGUCAAUGCCCAGUGUGCAAAGUUUAUAGAUGACCAGCAGCUGUUACACUGGCAACACUAUCAGAGGAAGAGGAUUAAACUGUUACAAGCUCAAGCAGAUAAAGUACAAGAUGCAGGAGGAGAACCAAAACAGUGACUUAAAAGGAUUUCUGACAUGUGGUAAAGUCAGGUUCAGUGUACUGGGAGCUUGUAGGAGAAGUCACAUGAAUUCUGGUGACAAGCAUGAGUCCUUUCACUGUUUGGGUUGGUAAAGGCAGUGUAGAACAGGCUGUGUCAGGUGCAAUAUUCUUAACAGGAUUGCAUUAGAGGUGAUGUCUUACACUCCAUCUAUUGGAUUGUGUCAAGGUUUUCUUGGUGACAUGAUGUUCAUGACAUCCUCCCCUUGAUUGUGUCAGAGCCUUUGAAGUGACGUGCUGUCUCAAAUGGUCUCAAAGAGACUCUCAGACAUUUGACUUUCCUUGUGUGAUGAAGUAAUAUCAAGUUGUGUUAAACAAGGGAUGGUUUUCUGAGGGAAUUUCUGUCAGGUUUUAAUAUGCUGCUUAACACCUACAGUAACACAUAGGCAGAAUACAAGAAACCGGAUAGAACAAAGCAUGCAGUAAUAAUACAAUAAGUUAAUUAUGUCAUAAAUGACUAUUACAGAAUUUUAAUAUAACUUGAAAAUUCUAGACUGAGUCAGACACAGAAAGUGCCAAGGGUUCAUAUUACCUGCCGUUUAUGUUAGAAACUUCUCACAUUCGAUAUAAUAGUCAGUUACGUUUGCUAAUUGCCAUAGAACUCAAUAAACAUAUGAUGUAAAGAUUAUUCCAGGUCAAGUGUGUUACCCAACAGCAUUGUCUUUUCUUGUAUUGGACGAAACAGUAACAUCCAUCCAUAAUACCUGAGAUUCGUUCACAAGAUCAAAUGACAAAAAAUAUAUAUGCCGAUUGAUAUUUAUGCCAAACCCAAUUGGGAAUCAAAAUGGCCUGAAGUGAUUGAUAAAAGUACUAAAAUGUGACGUAAUGGAAAUAUUGUGGUAAUCAGUUAUAC